UACACUUCAAACAUCUGUUUUGAGUUGGAAGAAAUGGCUGAGCGUUUCGAUGAGACCCUCACUCCCCACAGGAACGAGAUUUUGCCCUUUCUUUUAAGGAUUGAGGGCAAAGGAAAAGGAAUACUGCAACACCAUCAAAUUGCCCUCCUCAUUGAAGAUUAUAGAAAGAAGCUUGCUGAUGGGGCAUUUUAUGAAAUUUUGAGGGCUAUUCAGGAAGCAAUAGUGUUACCUCCAUGGGUUGCAUUAGCUAUUAGGCCAAGGCCUGGGGUUUGGCAAUACAGUAAAGUGAAUGUCCACACUUUUGUUGUUGAGGACCUCACUGUUUCUAAAUAUCUUCAUUUCAAAGAACAGCUUGUUGAUGGAAGUGCAAAUGGUAACUUUGUUUUGGAAUUGGAUUUUGAGCCCUUCAAUGCCUCUUUCCCUCGCCCGACUCUUUCCAACUCAAUCGGUAACGGCGCCGAGUUCCUCAACCGUCACUUUUCAGCAACAUUGUUCCAUGACGACAACGAGAACAUGCACCCUUUGCUCGAAUUCCUCAAACUCCAUUGCCUACCGAGACACCGAAUGCCGAAUCUGAACAUGAUGAUGUUGAAUGAUAAAAUCCAAAACUUGAAUGCACUCCGACAUGCUUUGAGAAAGGCCGAGGAGUAUCUUGACACGUUGCCUUCCGAGACACUAUAUGCCGAAUUCGAACAUGAGUUUCGGGAAAUCGGUUUGGAGCCAGGUUGGGGUGAUACAGCCGAGCAUGUGCUUGAGAUGAUCCGAAUCCUUUCGGACCUUCUCGAGGCACCUAACGCUUACAACCUAGAGAAGUUCCUUGGGAGAGUGCCUAUGGUAUUCAAUGUUGUCAUACUUUCCCCACAUGGAUACUUUGCUCAAGACAAUGUUUUGGGGUACCCCGACACAGGUGGCCAAGUCGUUUACAUCUUGGAUCAAGUUCGAGCCUUGGAGAACGAGAUGAUCCAGCGUAUCAAACAACAAGGACUUGACAUUACACCUCGUAUCCUAAUCAUCACUAGGCUUCUCCCAGAUGCUGUCGGAACAACGUGCAGUGAACGAGUUGAGAAAGUACACGGAACAGAGUAUUCGGAUAUUCUUCGAGUACCCUUUAGAACAGAAAACGGAAUCGUACGUCAAUGGAUCUCUAGAUUCGAAGUUUGGCCCUACUUAGAAACCUACACUGAGGAUGUUGCUAAUGAAAUCACGAAAGAGAUGCGAUGCAAACCUGAUUUAAUCAUCGGAAACUAUAGUGACGGCAACAUCGUUGCCUCAUUGCUGGCGCAUAAGUUGGGAGUUACACAGUGUACGAUCGCCCACGCUUUGGAGAAGACGAAGUAUCCGAAUUCGGAUUUAUACUGGAAGGAGCUUGAGGAUAAAUACCAUUUCUCUUGCCAAUUUACAGCUGAUCUCAUUGCAAUGAACCAUACUGAUUUCAUCAUCACAAGUACUUUCCAAGAAAUUGCAGGAAGCAAGGACAGUGUUGGACAAUAUGAGAGUCACGCGGCUUUCACUCUUCCUGGUCUUUACCGUGUCGUACACGGCAUCAAUGUUUUCGAUCCCAAAUUCAAUAUCGUCUCCCCCGGGGCUGACAUGAGCACAUUCUUCCCUUACACCGACGAGAAACGGCGGUUGAAACAUUUCCAUCCUGAAAUCGAAGACCUUCUUUAUGGCAAAGUCGAGAAUGAAGAAUACAUAUGUGUGCUAAACGAUCGUAAUAAACCGGUCCUGUUCACGAUGGCAAGGCUGGACCGUGUCAAGAACUUAACUGGCCUUGUUGAGUGGUAUGGGAAGAACCCGAAGUUACGCGAGCUGGUUAACCUUGUCGUUGUAGCCGGCGACCGGAGAAAAGAAUCAAAGGAUUUGGAAGAGAAAGCUGAAAUGAAGAAGAUGUUUGAACUCAUAGAAAAAUACAAAUUAAACGGUCAAUUUCGAUGGAUAUCGUCCCAAAUGAACCGUAUUCGGAAUGGUGAACUUUACCGUUACGUUUGCGACACAAAAGGAGCCUUCGUACAACCAGCAUUAUACGAAGCCUUUGGAUUGACAGUCAUUGAGGCAAUGACUUGUGGUUUGCCUACAUUCGCCACCUGCAACGGCGGACCUGCCGAGAUUAUCGUCCAUGGGAAAUCCGGGUUCAACAUUGAUCCAUACCAGGGCGACAAAGCCGCCAAGAUCAUCGUCAGUUUCUUCGAGAAAUGUAAGAAAGACCCGUCUCAUUGGAAUGAAAUCUCCGAUGGUGGAUUGAAACGUAUCCAAGAGAAAUACACAUGGAAGAUUUACUCCGAGAGAUUAUUGACCCUGACCGGAGUUUAUCGCUUUUGGAAGCACCUUUCCAAGCUUGACCGCCACAAGAGCCGUCGUUAUCUGGAGAUGUUUUACGCACUAGAGUACCGGAAGCUGGUUGAAUCAGUUCCUCUAACAGGUGAGGAGUGAAAUAUUAAAUGAGAAGUCAUUGUCUGAGAAUAAUAAUAAAAUAUUGCUGUUUUCUGGAAUUUCCAUUUGGCUUUUAAUAUUAUUUAAAUACACAUAGCAAUUCCUUUGCCUCCAAUCAAAUAAUUUUUAUCUAUGAUUUUAUAUUCUAUAUUAAAAAUGUAUAAUUUUAUAGAUCAUUUGUGAAUUAAUGAUGUCAUAUUUUAUAAAAUAAUGUAACCAUAAUAUUAAUGUAAUUUUAUG